AAGUUGGGCAAGGGGAGGAAGUGUGUCAAUGGAGUUUAACGGAGGUGUUACUCUUUGGGAAGUGAGACCAGGGCAGGACCUUGAUGGUGAAUGGUGACUCUUUACCUUCUGCAUUCUUCCAGAGCUGACUAGAACUCCGCAGUCUGGUUUCAUCCCGCCCGACAGAACUGUUGCUGGGGGCAGAUUCACAUCCCCGACGGCUCAGACGAUGGAGGACUCGUUCCUGCUUCAGAGCGAUGGCUCGGUCCGUGGACUUCUAUCCAGCACAGCCUCUACAGUGGGCGGUGAUCUUGGGUGCCGGAAGCAGGAUGCCGGCAGCUUUGCCGGGGAGAGUUUGAUGCGAUCGUUGGACCUCUGCCCAGGAAAGGGUUCCCCUCCGGGCGGUUGUGCCGCGACGGGGAGCCGUUCCGGCUAUGGGGGAGCCUUCGACCCGGGCCCCUGGCCCUGGAGCGAUGUGGGCGUCCUGCAGCAGGUGGCGAAGAAGCCGGCAACGUCCUGCAGCUACAGUGCCGGCAGCUCGCUGGCAAGGAUCCUGGAGGCCCACAGGUCGCUGGCACAGGAGCUGCGGAGCUCGCCGUGCCACAAUCCAGGCAAGGGGCUGUGGGUGGGCGAGGCUUUGGCGGGUGGGGACGGGCCUAAUGGGAUCAGGCAGGGCCCAUGGCACGAUGCUCAGCGCCCGGGCAGGGAGCCGCCCGAGGGGGGCGAUUACCGCCCUUGCUUCCCCCCCGCCUCCCCCUGGCCCUUCGCCCAGAAGCCCCCCUUGGAUGGGGGGGAUCGGCCCCGGAGGUCCUGGGCCGGGGAGAAGGAUGGAACGAGUCCCGGCCCAUCUCACCUCCUCCACAGCCACAGCCACAGCUCGGCCUGGCUGCGCACCCCCCUGCCGGAGAACCGUGGCUGGGCUGGCUGCAGGGAAGGUCAGGCCCUCCCCUCUGGGGCCCCUGACUGGAGGGCCAGCGGCGUUCCCAUCUCCUGGUGUUACCCGCCGUCAGAGAGCCUGGAGCGGAGCGAUUCCCCGCCGCCCAGCUGGUUGAGUGUGGCCCACAGAGUGUUGCAGAAGAACAGCCCAGAGGACUGGGUCUUCCCCAGGAUGAGAAUGUACUGAGCAAGCAGGGCCGGUGGGCAG